CCCCCCCCCUAUAAACCCUCCCCAACACGAGGGCUAUAUAGUCAACGCGGAGAGAUUGGUGUGUGUCAGUAGUAUCCAAGGGAGCGUCUCGUGUACAUCUCUGCGCUCGCUCGCGGUGUGUGUUCCAUCCCGAAAGUAAGAAUAGAAAAAAAAACGGAACGAAAAGAGAGAGACACAGAGAGAAAGAAACGGGAAAUUUAGCUCGAGAAACAUUCUAGCAAGAUUUAAAGGAUAAAGACGUUUGGUUGUUUUGUCGUUUGCAAAUAGGCAUCGGCUUGACUACGCGUUUUCCGUCUCGUGCUUGGAGUCUGAUUGGAGCAGAUCACAAUGGGUGGGCGAUGGACACUAUCCCUUGCAGCUGUGGUGGUCGCGCUUCAGGUUGUCAUGGCAACGGCUUCCCGGGAUGUGACGUCAGAGGAGGUUAAUUCAAGACAGAAGAGACUCAUUUACAUUCCCUUAACGGAUCUUUUCAGCUACAACCAAAUCGUAACGAUCGGCUUCGCUCUCCUCUUGGUCGUUCUCGUGGCUUCCUUGGCGUACCUGAGCGAAGAUGUCUCCGGCUACGAGGCCUCGACGGGCUACCUGUCACCGCACAGACGCGUCGUCGACAGGAAUGGGAUGCUCAGUGAGUGGAGUGACGACUGGUACAAGUGGGUACCCGUGCUCGACAACCUGAUGGGAGCAAUGGACAAGUACCAGGGGUUGUACCAAUCCGCCUUCGACGACAGCCAGGAGUGAUCGACACGCCCCUCGACUUGACCUCGACCUUAAAAGAAGACUCCCUGAUGAUGAUUUUUUGAGGAAAGUGCUAAU